CCUCCCUUUUGUUCCAGUGUGCUCAUGAAGAGGGAAAUUAACAGAUACUUGUUCUUGCUUGCUUUGCCACGGCUUUAGUAUAAACGUACUUUUAAAUCUGUGGGUUUAAAACACAUCAGAGGAUACAUGGUCUGUGCUUCUACUAAAACAAUGAGCAUUCAAGAUAAAGCAAAGUUUGUUGAUCGCAACUGGGCAGAGUUGAUUCAAGACGUUUCAGAGGUAAUGGCAAUAACCGAGGCGCUUGGAGACAUGGUCCACCCUGAAACCUUAUCCAAGAUUGGAAGACAGGACACAAGCCAGGAUAAAAUGAGAAUGCUUCAUGGGCCUCUACAUUCAGGGGGCGAUAAGGUCAAGGCAGCCUUCUACGACGCCCUCAAGGCUCAACAUCUCCACCUAGUGGAGAGGCUUGGUGGUUCAUUCUGAAGACACUGUGGCCGUGCGCAUUCUCGCAGGUGCAGAAUACUUUGCAUGCCUCACCUACUUUCAUCUUUUGUAAAAAAGUUCAUAUAUGUUAUGCUUUUAUACAUAUUGUUGAGAUUUUAUAAAUUCAUAUUCUGUAACAUAUCAAGUUUUACAUUUAAGGAUCUUUGAAAAACAAAAAUUGUUCUUAAUAAACAUGUGUUUAAAAAUA